AUGUCGGAUUCCCAAAUCACCUGGUCCACGGAUGGCGCUGCGCAUGUCUCGUGGAACCCUGCAGGCCUACCCGACCCCGAGUCUUUGGAUUUCAGAGACUGCAACCCAAUAGGCUUUGCAACCAAUUCCGCCUUUCACUAUCUACCCCUUGAUUUGAAUGCGCGCGCAGCUGCUUCGAACCCUAGUCAUAUGGCGUCAUCUUACACUCAUGAAGCCAAAACCAACCCAGACCACUGGUACAGCAGCGACUUGAUGCACGCCGCUGUUCAGCCGGCGGUACAGCAAAGCCUCGACCCAGCCUCCCAUCUUCCUACGCAGACCAUAAACGGAAACUCAACGGGUGUUUCUGGGAUCCUUGAUCAGGAACACAAAUUGGAGCCCUAUCCUUCUCGGACAGUAGUCUGCAUUAAUGAUGACGCUACCGGCGCAAACCCAUCACGCAGCGCUUCUCGUGCCAUCGAGAUAGACCAAGAACAGACCCAAGCGACCCUUGAAAAAGAGGAAGGAAAGCCUCUAUGUCAAUGGAAGAACUGCACCCACACGAGGCCAUUCAACCGCAAAGAAGACGUACUGCGCCAUGUCAAAUCGAUUCAUCUAUCCAUCAAACCAUACAAAUGCGGCGCCCGGGGUUGUCUCAAAUCGUUCAGCCGGAGAGACAAGAUCAAGGAACAUAUCGUGAAGAACCAUUCUUCAUUCGCGCAGGCAUGGGAGAAGUGUGUGGUUUAUGAUGGUUGA